UGCUGAGUUGCCGCUGCAUACAUGUCCAAUUAGUUUCGUUGAGCUAGCUAUUCAGGGACAUCUCUGGCGGCAGACUGCUGUUACCGUGCCAGACAAGGAUCAGAGUUUAGUGCAAUAACCAUGACGACAGAAAUCUCCACCUCCAUAAACAUCAAGGAGCCUCGAUGGGACCAAGGGACGUUUAUGGGCCGGGCCAAACACUUCUUCACCGUUACCGACCCCCGCAACGUCCUGCUUACCAACGAACAACUAGAGAAUGCACACAAAGUCAUCAGUGACUACCGGCAAGGGGUGAUGUCCCCCGGACUGACAGAGGACGAGCUAUGGAGAGCCAAGUACAUCUUUGACUCAGCCUUCCACCCAGACACCGGAGAGAAGAUGAUCCUGAUUGGCCGCAUGUCGGCUCAGGUCCCCAUGAACAUGACCAUCACUGGCUGUAUGAUGACCUUCUACAAGACAACUCCAGCUGUAGUCUUAUGGCAGUGGAUCAAUCAGUCCUUCAAUGCAAUAGUCAACUACACCAAUAGGAGUGGAGAUGCUCCUCUCUCAGUUAAUCAGCUUGGCACAGCCUAUGUAUCUGCUACCACAGGGGCAGUAGCCACGGCUCUAGGACUAAAUGCACUAACAAAGCACAUAUCUCCCCUCGUAGGGAGGUUAGUUCCCUUCGCUGCUGUUGCUGCUGCUAACUGCAUCAACAUCCCCCUCAUGAGGCAACGGGAACUGAAACACGGCAUUCCGAUAACAGACGAGAACGAUAACCGGUUAGGAGAGUCAAGCACCGCCGCUAAGCAGGCUAUCUCCCAGGUGGUGGUGUCUAGAAUCCUCAUGGCCUCUCCUGGAAUGGCUAUCCCUCCGUUUUUAAUGAACACCUUGGAAAAGAAAGCCUUCCUAAAGAAGUUCCCGUGGAUGAGUGCACCUAUUCAAGUGGUCUUGGUGGGAUUCUGCCUGGUGUUCGCCACUCCACUGUGCUGUGCACUGUUCCCCCAGAAGAGCUCUAUGUCAGUAAGCCGAUUGGAGCCAGAGCUUCAGGAGAAGAUCCGUGUGAGCCACCCCGGGGUGGAGAGGGUCUACUUCAACAAAGGACUAUGAGUGUCCAGCCCACCGCCAACCCUCCUGCACUGCCAUACUACCCUCACACCAUCUGUAUUGGUGGCAGACACCAACAACCCUCCUGGCUCUGCCAUACUACCCUCACACCAUCUGUAUUGGUGGCAGACACCGCCAACCCCCCUGGCACUGCCAUACUACCCUCACACCAUCUGUAUUGGUGGCAGACACCGACAACCCCCCUGGCACUGCCAUACUACCCUCACACCAUCUGUAUUGGUGGCAGACACCGACAACCCCCCUGGCACUGCCAUACUACCCUCACACCAUCUGUAUUGGUGGCAGACACCGACAACCCCCCUGGCACUGCCAUACUACCCUCACACCAUCUGUAUUGGUGGCAGACACCGACAACCCCCCUGGCACUGCCAUACUACCCUCACACCAUCUGUAUUGGUGGCAGACACCGACAACCCUCCUGGCAGUGUCAUACUACCCUCACACCAUCUGUAUUGGACGCAGACACCGACAACCCUCCUGGCACUGUCAUACUACCCUCACACCAUCUGUAUUGGUGGCAGACACCGACAACCCUCCUGGCACUGUCAUACUAUCCUCACACCAUCUGUAUUGGUGGCAGACACCGACAACCCUCCUGGCACUGUCAUACUAUCCUCACACCAUCUGUAUUGGUGGCAGACACCGACAACCCUCUUCCUCAUUCUGUGUGCCAAAGUUAAGUUUUGCUUCUCAUCCUCAACUGCCCUCCUUUUUCUCCUCCACUCCACAGACAGAAUCCCUUGUUUCCCUCCUCCCCUCACACUCUCUCCGUCACCCUCUCUCCGUCACCCUCUCCGUCACCCUCUCUCCGUCACACUCUCUCCGUCACCCUCUCUCCGUCACCCUCUCUCCGUCACCCUCUCUCCGUCACCCUCUCUCCGUCACACUCUCUCCGUCACCCUCUCUCCGUCACCCUCUCUCCGUCACCCUCUCUCCGUCACCCUCUCUCCGUCACCCUCUCUCCGUCACCCUCUCUCCGUCACCCUCUCUCCGUCACCCUCUCUCCGUCACCCUCUCUCCGUCACACUCUCUCCGUCACCCUCUCUCCGUCACCCUCUCUCCGUCACCCUCUCUCCUCUCUCUUUCUGUUUGCUUUGUUUGCUGCUAUGUGUGAUUUAUUUUCAAUUGCAGAAGAAAUUGGUCUCGUUGUUAUUCUGGCACUGUGAUGAUGGUGAUUUAUAGUUGGGUCUGUGUACAAUGGUUGUUGUUUUUCUAUUCCCAUGCAGUUGUUUUAAUAGUUGACUUUUCUGUCAAUUGUAUUUUUUCUGCCAAAACAUUUUCAUAUUCAAAACAGUUGUUUGUGUUCAGUGGAGAACCAGGGAAAAUAACAGGGUCUGUGUUCCUGUAUUUGUAACAAUAGCAGUAAUCAGUAUUCGUCAGUCUUAAUCUAACUAUGAUGCCUACUCCAAAAUUAAGUUAAUUUAUUUGCCAAAUCUCAAUAACGGUUUGUGAGACCUCUCAACAAUACACAACCUCUUGACAGUAAUAUAUUAGGGUCAUUUCAGAGAAUAACAAUAUGGCAUACAGUGCAUUUUAAUGAAUUCAUAUUUGCCAAAUGAGUGAACUUUGCCAGGGCUGUGUCCCAAAUGGAAUCCUAUUCCCAUAGGGCUCUGGUCAAAAGUAGUGCACUAUGUAGGGAAUAGCGUGCCAAUUUGGAUGGUAUCUACAUUGGUUCCAUGACCAGGGUUUACUCCCCCUAACAGUGUGAGAUCUUUUAAUGGUCUACAAUAACCAUCAUUAUGUAUAUUACUGGUGCUUUUGAUGCAAUAUCUUCAUAUAAUUGAUGUUUAUUCCAGACUGUCUAUUUUGGUUCCCAAACCAUGCAUGAACAAACCACUCCUCAUUAGUGUGAUAAUAGGCAUAUGGUUGGUUACAGGUGUUUUUCAGACAGUCAACUAGUCUGUCUGUAUCGUCACUUCAGGCACAGGAGGUUGGUGGCACUUUAAUUGGGGAGGGACGGGCUCGUGUUAAUGACUGGAGCGGAAUCAGUGGAAUGGUAUCAAAUGCAUCAGACACAUGGUUUCCAUGGUUUCCAGGUGUUUGAUUCCGCUCCAUUUGCUCUGUUCCGGAUGUCAUUAUGAGCUGUUCUCCCCUCAGCCGCCUCCACUGCUUUCAGCGUGGCAUCCGCUGCAUCUGUGUUUCAAAACAAUGACAGAUCUUAUGUUCAAAAAAAUACCUUUAAAAUUAAAAAAAAAAAAUUACUUCUAGGGGGGGGGGGAAAUCUCCCCCUAAAGCAGAAUCCGUCUUGCCUUGAAAUGAAAGUAGCGAUCCAUUUCAAGGUGUGGCACAACGUUAUGAAACGUUGAGUGUUGUUUCUUGAUAAAGAGAAAAGCCUUGCGGUCCCGAAUGCUGACCCAGUCAUGAGACAACCCACAGACCUUGCUGAACCAUGUGCCAAAGAGAUGAUGGUAUGUUUGUUUUAUUGUGCUACUCUGCUGCUGUCUCAGGCUAGCUAGACCAUCUCUCAGGCUAGACAAAAGCGCAUCAUGUCUUGUGCACGUUUGUCAAUCCCUAAUUUAAAAUCUAUAUGACAAAGAAUUCGUGGAAUAGUGAAUGAUUGACCUGCUGAAAGAUUCACUCAAAUGCACCGUUAUGGUGUUAAACUCGGGACCAAAAUAACAUCAACAAAACCUCCAGGUCGUCUACUGGUCCAGUACUGUCAGACUAAAGGAACUCUGGAUAAUAGCAUUAUCAGUAACCUUAAACACACACACAAUAGACAGAUUGCUAUUUUUUUUAUCCAGUUUAUUCCAGAGUUUAUGUCUAAGAAGUAAAUGGAAGUAAUACUUAAAAAAAAAAAUGUGUUUAAAAUAAUUAUUGUGAACAUUCCGUUUGGUUGAUAAUAGUAUCCUCCGUUUUCAUCGCAUUAUGUGAUUUUUGUAAGGUGUUUUAAAUGUUUUAACUAUGAAAAAUAUAUCUACCAGUAUUGACUUAUAUGGUUUUUAUUUAAGUAUUUUCAGAGAGAAUCCUGAAAAUUACAGAUGUUAGGAAGAGGCUUUGAGCGAUGGAUGUUUCAGUGUACUUCAGUAGUUAAAUGUAGCAUCGGCAGAUCUAAUUCAAACUGAGCCAGGGAUUCAAUCCAAGGCGUGUUAUAGAGCAGUGGAUUGGACAGACACUGCACCUUUAAAAGGCAAUUUCUCUGACGUUCAAACGGUAAACGCUGACAGUAAACGCUGUAAAUGACGUUAAAGUGGUCUGCUCUAUAACGUGCCUAGGCUUGAAUCACAGUCUCAGCAUCUAUUCAUUGUUUGAUGUUUUUCAUAUGUAAAACUGAAUGCUAUAUUUGGAAUAUUGUAAUUGAUGGUUGAUCAGAGAUACUACAUAUUUCUAAUUAUCAGUAUUUCAAACUUAAAGUUCUAUAAAUGAUUUAUGUGAUGAAGCACAUUCAUUAAUCAAAUAUAUUAAUGUAACUUUAAAAAGCAACAAUUAGUGAGAGAUAAGCACAAUGGAUUCUAAAAACGGAAUAUUUGUCAACCAGCGGACAAUGUAUUCGUGUCUCUUUAACUUGAUGUACCAAACCCCAAGAAAUUCCACACAAACCUGCCCGAACAAACCUUAAUUACUACAAAUUAUAAGUCUAUACAAAAUAAAAGUCUUACGUAAAUAUCAAUCAAUGUUUUACAGGCCUACAGUCUAUCUGCCAAGUCAAUCUGCUGCAAUGUCAAUCUAGCCAAAGUGAUACAAAUACACUCAAGAGGAAUACGUCAUGACAGUUUACAGUAAUCUAAUUUGAAAUGGGUAUUUUUAGUAAAGGGUAUUCUGGAAUAUUGAUAUUUAAUAGUUUUUUUUUUCAGUAAAUUUGGGAUGUUGUAAUGUCUAGACUAACUGGAUGAAAUAAAAAAUAAUGAAGUCUCAAAA